AAAAUACAAAAAAAAAAAAAAAAAAAAAAACGAAAAAAAAAUAAAAGAACAACCUACCAAAUGGACAAGUUGAGCAAAGCCAAGAAGGCGGAAAUGUGCAAUACAUUUGCCAUAUUGGACGUGGACGGAAGUGGACUCCUGACCGCCAGCGAGCUGCGCGGAAUGAUGCGCGUAUUUGGCUAUGAGAACAGCGAGGAGGAUGUGCAGCGCAUGAUUGACGCCGUGGACACCGAUGGAACGGGCAAAAUGGACUGUGCCAAGUUCUGUGCAGCAUUGCUAUGGAAUCUGACGCCCGAGGAGAAGCUAUGCGAUGUGUGCAAACAGCCGAAGGGCGACGGAGUCGAUGGUCCCAAUGGUUCAUAGUUCGAAUUCAAAAGAAAUUGUUAUUUAGUUAAGAGUUAGGCUCUUCCCAAAUAGUUAUCGUUUAUUCCUGUUAUGCAAUUAUGCCCCAUAUAUAUGGCAGACAUAUGUUAUUGAAAUUUAUGAAAAGAACUUUACGCCAAGUGAUGGAUUGUGUUAUAUUCCUGUUCGCAACUAAAUACUUUCGAAAACACGAGCUGAAAAUGAAGAAAAAACAAACAAAAACAAAUUAUGUCUUAUAUUGAAGAGUAAAAGAAAA